CAUUCCACACAAAUUUGUUUAUUCAGAACUACAUAUCCAUUGCCCUGGUCCAGAGAAGAACGCUUAGUAGUUUAGCAAAGGCACAAAUAACUACAAACUCUCAAAAAAUACAGCAGAAUAGCAGAGGGUUCGGAUGAUUGCCAGUUCGGUAAAUCAAAAGUAUUUGCGAUGCCCAUGCAAGACAACAUACGUAAAAUAGAGGAAUCGCUGUCAAUUAUUUCGGAACGUAUCGACGAGAUCGAGCGAUAUGCGAGGCAAAGCAGGGAAAAGGUGAAAAGAUGCAAACAGGUAGAAAAAGUGAUGAUCAGGAACAGAGACAUUGCCAUAUCUCUGUGCAAUAAGAGGUUGGAACAUGUUAUUGAAGAGAAUUCCAAGCUGAGUGCCAGGAACGUUGAAUUGAAAAGGGAGUCGUUGGAGGUGUUGAACAGAAUGUGCAGGCUGAAGCGGCAUGUUGAGGAGCUGGAAACAAAAAAAGCGACGUACAAGAAGAGAAUAAAACAGCUCGAAGAGAAAAGUGACGUACAUGGUGUUGAAGAUGGAUGUGCACAGGAAUAGGUGUUUGUGGAGCAAAUCUGCGCUGAGUGUCAGAAGGGUAAAAAGGAGGUUGUGCCAGGAGAAGUAAAUCGUUGCUUAGCACAGAGAUAAGAUUAGUUGCUUUGACAGUGCUGGUAAGAAUGGUGCAGUUCACACAUUUAAACGGCACUAUAAUCUGUUGUUGACUACAAGUUGUUCCUUUGUCUGCUCAUGCCGUAGCACCCUAACAACACGCUUAUCCAAUGUCUCUUUGGUAUCGCGUUUUAGUAAAUGAACCGUCUUCGCACAACGGCGGUAAUCGUUCAAAGCAUAAACUCGGGCUAAAGAUGUUGCAGGAGGAUGGUUCACUUGCUCUAACAUGGGGUGUGGAGCGGUAAUUAAACAGGAUUUCAAAUAAAAUAUUUACUCCGA